CGCCGCGCCGCGCCGCUCCCGCCCGACGCCGUGGGGGCUGCACGUGAGCUCAGGUUCGGGCCCGUCGGGCUGGGCCAUGGCUGCGGCGCUGCGGCGCGGUCGGCGGCUGGAGGGCCUGGUCCCUGGAGCCCCCGACAGCGCCAGCCCCGGUGUGCGGGCGAGACGGGCCCCUGCGGAAUUCGGGUCGGGCCCGGAGGAAACGAGGGGGCCCGGGUCUCCUCGGAGUGGGCGGCAGCGCGGCCUGGGGUCCCCGCCGCGCCGGCCGGAGACGAGCCCGGGACCGCCUGUUGUACGGCAGGACGGAGGCCCGGGGCCGCCCCGGACACUUGCGGAGUCGGCUCUAGGACCCCCCGGCUUCCAGCCAAAGCCAAGCGGAGCGUCCGCGGAGUCCUCCCGGGCCCGGGGAGAGCCAGACUCGGAGCCGGCCCCGAGGUCGCCCCGGCAUCAGCCGGGUCUGGGAUCCCCAGAGCCUUACCCGGGUCAGCAGGCGCCGGGCCCGGAGCCCUCACGGCCACCGCGGGAGCCCAGCGCCCGGGCACCCGGCCCCCCCCGGGGUCAGCACGAGCCGAGCCGGCCACCUCCGGCCACGGAGACGGUGAGAAGCGACCUCGGGGCGAAGAAGCGGACAAGUCCUUCUCCCGUCCCCGCCGCAGCGUCUAAGAAGUUGAAGGAGGUGGAGGAGGUUCUUGCAGUCCCUAAGGGGAAGCCCAAGUCGGGGCGGGUGUGGAAGGACUGCUCCAGGAAAAGGUUCUCCCAGAUGGUACAGGGCAAGCCCCUGCGUACAUCCUGGCAACAGAAGAUGAAGGAACGGCAGGAGAGGAAGCUGGCCAAGGACUUCGCCCGGCAUUUAGAGGAGGAGAAGGAGAAACGCCAGCAGGAGAAGAAACAGCGCCGGGCUGAGAACCUGAAACGCCGCCUGGAGAAUGAGCGGAGGGCAGAGGUUGUCCAAGUGAUCCGAAACCCCGCCAAGCUCAAGCGGGCAAAGAAGAAACAGCUUCGCUCCAUUCAGAAGAGGGAUACGCUGGCACUGCUGCAGAAACAGCCAUCCCAGCAGCCAGCAGCCAAGAUUUGAGCUCAGGACAACCCAGAAGUCUCCUGUGACCAGCCACUAUGUCAGACUUGGCACUUGUCGGGCCACUGGUCACACGCCUCUGUGGGAUGUGGUACUCCAACACUAGUGCCACCCUACUCCACCCCAGAGAGGCUAUAAGCCUUUGAGGGCUCUCAAGCCCUAGGAAGCCAGGAGCCUGGCAGAACUAGAGGAGGGAACAGGUUCAGCCCACCCCUGCCUCCUUCCUCCUUCAUCAAGUGCCAUACAACCACAAAGAGUCAGUUCUCUGGUUCCUUGGGAGCUGACAACUGGAGGGUGACUCUUCAAAAUGUGUAUUUCUGUCUCAAGGUCAUGGGUUCGCCCCUGACCAGGAGACUGCAGUCAGGAACCAGUUCCCCUUGCACCAUCCCAAAGGCUGCCUUGGGUAUCUCUGCAGCCCACUGACCCUGUCACCCAGCUGUUGGAACCCGGUUUCCCCGAGUUUUCAACACGGAAAGGUGAAGGAGGUUGCAGGGAAUGAGGUUCCCCGCCCCGCCCCCCCCCCCCCCCCCCAGCGCCCUCUCACCUCUUUUGGACUCUACAGAAGCCCCACAGAUCUGAUUCACUCAAACCAUUCAGUCUGUAAUAAAAAUAUUUAUUGAACACCCAUUGUGUACAGGCACAAUUCUAGGUAUGGGGAAUACAGACGGAGGCCCCUGCCCGCAAAGGGGCAUUUUUCAUUCUGAUGGAAAAAACAUAAUAAACAAGGAAAUAGUAUUGUGUAU